AUUAUUCCCCUUUGUGGUUUCCGGUGAAAACAAAAUGUUGUCAUGCCUUUUUCUGAACUUUUACCCUACCUGCAUUUUUUGGCCAAGUGCACGUGUUAUAAAUGUAUAACAUGUCGUCAUAAAAUGAGUAAACAUGAAGAUCUCCGACCUUAAUAGGGAGCUGUUCCUGAAAUAUCCAGUUGUAAAGAAAGUUGCGAUGGAUCCUUAUUUUUCAAUGCUCAUUAUGAUAUCGUUUAUGGUUUUUGCAUUUAUACUGAUGAAGAUAUACAGACGAUACAGAUUACAGCAUUAUGAAGUACCAGCUAGAGAUGUACGAAAAGGUCAUCGUUGGUAUAUGGUAGACAUUUUUCCUGAACUGAUUUAUUGCAGCUAUAGUCACGAUCGUAUAAAACAUGGUGCUCGUUGUGAUUCCUGUGGUUUAUGUGUGGAAGAAAGUCAUAUGAAAGCAGCCAAUAAGAAAUUCCCAUGUAAGCCCUUGACAGAAUCAGGACCUGUAACCCAUCACCAUUGGAUACAAGGGAACUUACCGUUAUAUAGUAAAUGUUUUGUUUGUGGUGAUGAUUGUGGCAUCUUACCACAUAUUUCUGAUGUCAGAUGUGCAUGGUGUGGAAGAUCUGCACAUGAAAAUUGUAUUUAUAUGAAAGAAGAAUGUGAUAUGGGAGAAUUUCGUUCCUCCAUUGUGCCACCUCACUGUAUUAAACUUACAUGGACUGGAAUCAAAGGACGUAGGCAUUUAGUUGUUGAGUCUGUCAAUCAUCCUGGUUAUAAAAACUGGUGCCCUGUUAUUGUUGUAGGCAAUAGGAAGAGUGGUAACAAUGAAGGGGAGUUAAUUCUCAGAGAUUUCAGAUCAGUUCUUAAUCCUACUCAGGUAAUUGAUUUAAAUGAUGUUCCACCAGAGAACGGUCUUGAGUGGUGCCAUUUGCUGCCAGAUAUUACAUUUAGAGUUCUUGUAUGUGGAGGUGAUGGAUCUGUAGGAUGGGUACUAAAUGCAAUAAACCAUUUACAACUCAAGAAUCCUCCAUUAGUUGCAAUAUUACCACUAGGGACAGGGAAUGAUUUGUCCAGAGUCCUAGGAUGGGGUGAAGGUCACACAAUGCAUGAUAUGGCGAUAUCCACAGUUCUGCAUCAAGUUGAGAAGGCAGAGCCAGACAUGUUAGAUAGGUGGAAUGUACAGAUUACACGUAAAAGAAAAUAUCCAGUUCUCAUCCAAAACAAAUCUAUGAUAAUGAAUAAUUAUGCAUCAAUAGGAGUGGAUGCUCUUGUUACUCUUAAUUUCCAUAAACAAAGAGAAAGUAGACCAUGGCUGUUUACGCACAGAAUCAUCAAUAAGUUAUGUUAUUUAGCAUUUGGUACCAAAGAUGUGGUAGGAAGAGAGUGCUGUAACCUUCAUAAGAAAAUUAAGUUGGAGUUAGAUGGCAGAGUAUUGCAUUUACCAGAUAUUGAAGGUGUUGUUAUACUGAACAUUCCUAGCUGGGGAGGAGGGUGUCAACCAUGGGGAACAGAAACUGAAAAUGGAAGAUUGGCAGUUCCAAGUUAUAAUGAUGGCUUAUUAGAAGUAAUGGGACUGUAUUCUUCAUUCCACAUAGCACAGUUACAAGUGGGCUUGGCACAGCCACUUAGAUUGGGUCAGGCAAAGAAAGUUAAGAUAACUAUACUGAAAGGAAAAGUGCCAAUGCAAGUAGAUGGAGAACCAUGGGAACAGUCUUCUCCAGUUGAAAUAGAGGUUACACAUCAUAGUACGGUCAAACUGUUAUCAAAGUCUGGAAGACAGAAUAUCAAUGGUUGAUGACCUUGAAAGGUUGAUUUAACCUUAAGAGAGGGACAAAUACCAGUAUUGUCAACUGACACAAUCAUGAUGCUAUUUUAAAUGUUGUUUCUGAUCAGAUACAAAUUUUUAAUGCUUUUAGUUACUUUAGAAACUUUUAAUCUGUCUUUCAAUGGUGUCAUUUGAUGUUAAUGAAUUUAGAGAUAUAUAUAUUGUCAGGCAUACAAUAAGUGCUAAGUUGUAUUUAUUUCUGAUUUCAAGUGCUUGAAGAAUGUUUCAAUAGAAAUGUUAUUUAGCUCAAUGUAGUUUAGCGUAGUGAAUAAUAUAUUGAUGAUCUCAAAUUAAUCAUGAAUUCCAUUAAUGUAUACAGCAAUUUGAAGUCCUUGGGAUUUACUGGGAAUGAUUUGACCUCAGCUUUGCGAAGGGUUGACUGGUAUUUGCAAAUCAUUCACUUGUGAUAGCCAUUGUUUUCUGUUACAGAUGUAUAUUUUGUUUCCUUUAAUAGCAGAUAACUUAAAAUUGGUGUAUUAAGCAUAAUUGAUGUGCAAUUUACUCUUAUCUUAUAUUUAUUAUAUGUCCCAAUAUUUAUUUUUAUCAAGAAAAGAUAUAAAACCUUAUUUAUAUGAUACUUUAUGAUGCAAUUGCCAAUUAUAUGUUAGUUCAAAACAUAUUGAGAUUAAUGUAAUUUAAAAGAUUGCUGUAUCCUUAAUACUGGCAUACUGUAAAACAUGGUAUGAUUAGAAAUACUAUUGUGGAUUGGUUGUAAUACUGGUAUACUGUAAAACAUGGUAUGAUUAGAAAUACUAUUGUGGAUUGGUAUUAAUACUGGUAUACUGUAAAACAUGGUAUGAUUAGAAAUACUAUUGUGGAUUGGUAUUUGUUUAAAUAUAUAUUAUUUAAUCAAGGUCAAAUGCCUUAUGGAUUGGACACAAGUAAAUCAUAUGUUUGAAGUCAUGUAUAAAACAAAUGAUAUUAAUAUAAGCACACAAUGUUUCAAAAUAUACAAUACUUUACUAGUCUCUCAUGGCAUAAUUGAAGAAAUUUGGUAUGGUAUAAAAAAUAGAAAUUGGUAAAAUUUUGAUUUGUUUAUCCUUUGCUUGCAACUUACUGUAAAUAUUCAAAGUGAUUUCUUUUUGAUUUACCACUUGACUAGUCAAGUUUGUAGUGAAUAGAUACUGACUGCAACCCAUCUUUCAAAAUCUGCAGCUGAGUCAAUGUUGAAAAUGGACUGAAACCUUUGGGAAUUAUGCUAAUUGAAAGUUAAAAAUCUUAUCUGUGUAAUAUGAACUCUUGUUGAAUAGUUUUUUGAAAACUGCUUGCUUUCCAGACAUUAUUUUUUUCCCCCAGCAAAUAAUGUCAUAUGAUCUAAAAGAAUGUCUUUCUGAAAGUCCAUGUUUCAAAGACAAGAUCACUUUAUUUAGAGAAAGGAAGCUUAAGGUUAUUACAUAGAAGCAGAAAAAUCAGUUAUUUAAAUUUGAAAAUUUUGAGUGAAAUAAAUAAUAAAUGACAAAAAAAAAAGAUGAUUUAAAGUUCUGCAUUAAAUCGUUUUCAUUGAUGAUUUACAACAAUUUGUGCUUACAUUGUAAGUAACUAUGCACUAAGUAUGCUUGAUAGCCUCUUCACUCAAUACCUUUGUGAACAACAAUGAAAAAUUACAUGGUUUAUAGAUAAAGCAGGUAAUCCAAUAUAAUAAAAGACAUUCUAGAUGACAGUUGAUUGAGCAUUUCACUUUCUUUGUAGUUUAAAUAAAUGUGCAUGUGCAUUAUCAGUAUUUACCUUCCUAGGAUCAAAAAGAUGAGUUUUACCUUUAUCUUGUUUUCGAUUUUUUACAUAAUUUAUCUCAAUACUUUUUAGGGCUAACAUCAAGUAGUCCUAUAAACGUACUAUCCUUAGAUAGUAAAAUAUGUUUCCUGCUUUUGAAGAAUUAAUUUCUUUGUUCAAGGAAUGUAAACAUUGGUUUAUAAAUGAUUUUUAUGACAUUCAGUGAAUUAUUACUGUAUUAAAUGCACAGAUAUUGCAUAUUUUAUAUUGAUUAAUUCCAGUGUUGAACAUUUAAACAUUUUAAUGGUUUAAUGGUACAGAUGUUGCAAUAGUAAUACAAUACAUCUAUUAUUCAUAUAUUUUGAUGUGUGCUUAAAAGUGUAUGACCUGUGUUUUUUACAAACAAUUUUAAUAAUUCUGGAAACUACAAUUCUGAAACAAAAAGAAGCAGUGUUUUUUUUUAGAAAAGUAUCUCUUGCCAUAUCUUUCAAAAGUCCAUCUACAUUUUUUUUUGUCAAAGGGAAACCACUCCUUAAGUAAGACAAUUAUCAUGAAUUUACAGCAACCGACACAAGCAUGGGGAACAUUGUGAGCGAUCUGACAAUAGGUUUGUUUGACUUCAUAAAUGAAUCUUUCAUUUAGUACUGUGACAUCUAGUCUUAAGAUUUUUAUGUUGUAAGGUAUUGUAUUUUUGUCUGUGCUCUGUUGACUCUGUUUUAAGAGACAGUCUGUCUUCUAUCAAAUUUAAAAUCAUUGUUUAGUAAUUAGACAACAAAUGAAAUAUCUUGACAUCUAGUCAUAAGGUUUUGAUGUUGUAAAAUGUUGUAUUUUUGUCCAUGCUGUUUUUCAGAGACAGUCAGUCACCAGUCAAAUUAAUCGUUGUUUUGUAAUUAGACAAUAAAUGAAAUAUCUUGACAUCUAGUCUUAAGAUUUUGAUGUUGUAAGGUGUUGUGAUUUCCAGUAUAGUUUUGUCCAUGCUAUUGGUAAUCUUUGAGUCAAAUAAAUACUUAUGUAAAUAGUAGACAACAAAUGAAAAAUCUUGAAAUCUAGUCUAAAGAUUUUGAUGUUGUCAUGUGUUAUGGUGUCCUAUAUAUUUUGUAAACUUAAUAAAUUAGAAAGAUUAAUUGUGUCCUAUAAUAGUGGUUUUAUUUAUCUAAGUUAAUCACAUCAGAAUUAGGACAAAAGACAAGAAGACUAUUUACAUCAGUACUGUUAAUGUUGUGACUCCAAUUCUUUAGCUGCCAUUUUUGUAAAAUAAGUGGCUGUUGUUUGUUCAAAGUAUUAAAAAAAAAAUAUGAGAUUAAAGGAUGUCCCCCUGUUCUGCUAAUUGAUUGUUUGCAUAAUGUCCAGUGUCAAAUAGUUGAUGCUCAUUUGUAAAAAAUACUAAUUUGAGGUGAAACAAGUUUUUACCUUUUUUCAGAAGAACAUAUAAAAAAUAGGUAAUAAUCUGGUACAACAGAAACAAACACUGAAAAAUAUGAAAGUAAGUAAACAGUUGCCAUGGGAACUAUUUUAAAAUUGUAUAUUCCAAGUAUACAUUGACAUUAGACAAUAUUCAAGGACUACAUGACAAAUUUUGACCUGAAAUUUUUAUUCUGGAUUUGUGUGAAUAUUUGAUAAUGACAGAAUUUUGUAUUUAUUUUAUUUCAAAUAUGUGAGCAUUUUUAGUGAUUGAAAUAGAAUAAUACUGUUUUAGUUACUUUAUUAUAGAAUAACUUUAUUAUAGAAUAAUAUUGUUGAUAUUUUAGAUAUGAAUACAUAUAUGUACUUGACUCUUAUAAAUUUCAUGUAUUUUGUUAUCAAUUUUAGUUUUUAUGGAGAUUUUUGUAUUAAUUUUGUAUUUUUAGCAAUCUUUUAUAAAUUCUGAUUAUUUUAUAAAUUUGUCCCAUAUGAACACUGUGACUGAUUAAUACAAUCAUUUUAAUUUCAACUUUUUGUGAUUUCCCAAACUUUUUUUGACACAGAUGAAGUGAACUACUACUGCCAGUAAAAACAUUAUGAUGUGGAUGACUUUUUUCUCUCUACAACUGAGCAAAUUAUGACCAACACCAGUGAAAUAUCACUUGCAUUGUGCUCCAAAUAAUUUGAAUAGAAAAAGAUUAAAAGAGGAUAUAUACUACAUUGGCUUUGAAUAAUGGGUUUUGUCAAUUUCAUGCAGUAAUGCCAGGAAUUGUCUUAAUUUUUAUACCUUUGAACUUUGACCCUUGUAAGUGCUAAUCUUCAUUAUUAUCACAACUCUGAUUGCAACACAACUCUGAUAAUACUGUACUGUAAGUAAAACUUGAUACCUUGUGAAGUCACACAUAUAACAUGUUCUGUAAGUUUUGUAUUAUAUUUCAUUACUUAAAUAUAGAUAUAAAUAUUAUAUUUAAACUUAUAAUAUCUAUAAAAUAAAAACAUUAGCCCAAAAAAAGGCUGAAUCCUGGAUUAAAAACUCAGAAAAAAGGGCAGUGACUAAAACUUAGAAUUUGUUUGCUAUCUUUGGGCUUCUGUAUUCAUGUGAUUAUCUCCCUUGUAACUAGAAGUAUGAGAAUUUGAUUGAUGGUUAUAUUCCAAAGAAAUUUUAACAUAUGAAAAUAAACAAUUUUGAGAAUUUACUCUUAAUGAUUUAAUAAUGGUUUUGAUGACUGUAUUUCAUACACAAAAUUAAUAUUUUUGGGCACAGUUAUAUGAGUCACAGUUACUUGUUAGAGUAUUCUUGUGCUUCAUCCUUGUAAAUAUAGUUGAUUGCAAUUAAUCAUAUGCCUGAUAUAUUGCUAUACUGUGUUUAAACAUAGUAUUUUAAAUUUUCACAGAAAAAAAUACAUUUAUUUUGAUAUGUUUUGUUUAACAGACAAUUUAUAAGCAACAUACAAAAGGUUUAUAUUAACUGCCCAUGGCUAAGUUCUUGAAAUGAUUUGGAUUCAAGAUUUUGUUUAAUUAAAAAACAAGAAUGCACAAAAUAUUUUGAAUAUUUGAAAAUUUAAAAGGAUCUUUUUCAUUAUCAAGUUUGAUUUAUUUGAAUGAACUUUGCUUACUCUGUAGUACUUCCUGAUAUUAACAUACAAGCCUUAUGCCUUUAAAUCUUCGUUUAAGAGGGAUACUGAUUACAAAUUAUGUUGACGAUUAACAUUCUAUUGUUUCAUGUUUCAGCAGAUUUGUAUAAGUUUUCUUACAGAAGCAAUAUCUUAUUCUGAUUUAGAAAUUUUAGAAUUUUUAUCAUGAAAAUCACUGGCAUCUUUUGAAAUGAUGAGGCAGGAUAUUUCACAGUACUGAUUAUGUUUCCUUAUUUUAUUAGAACUGAAUUUAAAAUGUUAGUAUGUUUAUAUAGUCAUGUGAUAUUUCAUGCCACUUGUGUGCAAUAUGUUUAAAAAAACUUUAUUAUACUUGUAAAAAGGAAUUAAAAAAUAUAUAAGAACACCUUUUUAGU